AUGCCUGCAGAAAGAGAGGAUGAGAUUUGUCGAAAGGCGCUGGAACUGCUCUCAGACCUUUGCUCCAAGGGAGAGGUGCAGGACGACAACUGCCUGGAUUUCAUUUACUACUUCAGGGAUCUGGCCAGACCCCGUUACACGGACUCAGAUGUAUCGGUGAGUCUGUUGUCCCUGCUGGUGACCACUUGUGGUCUGGCUCUAUUCAGCGUCUCCCUCUUUGUUUCAUGGAAGCUGUGCUGGGUACCACUGAGUGGCCGUUUCCUCCCAGAUGUCCUCAAGGGGGCGCACUUUCUGGGAGGAGACCAACAGCCUGUUCUCACAGAGGUGGACGGGGAGGAAAGGGAGUACAGUGAGGAUGGCUGCGUGAAGGAGCCUCCCUUGGCUGUUGCUGUCCCAGAGUCAGCCUUAAAGAUAAGUCACACAUCGCCUGACAUCCCACUUGAGGCCCAGGCCAAGGUCGAGAAAAACCAGGUCCACACUCUGGCCAGGGACAGGGUGCAGAGACAGAUUACAGAGCCUACAUCAUCUGUACGUCACAACUCCAUCCGUCGUCAGAUGAACCUGUCCAAUCCGGACUUCAACCCUGCUCAGUUUCAGCGCCAGGAAUCUUUGUCUGGUUUGGGCCGAAUCAAACCAGAACUCUACAAGCAGCGCUCAGUGGACGCAGAGGAUGGGCGUCGGACCAACAGCUGCGGUUGUCUCCAUUUCAUCCUGAAGUUUGACUUUGACCUGGAGCAGCUGAUUGUGAAGAUCCACAAGGCCCAGGACCUUCCUGCCAAGGACUUCUCAGGGACCUCGGAUCCUUACGUCAAGAUCUACCUGCUGCCUGACCGCAAAACCAAGCACCAGACCAAGGUGCACCGCAAGACACUCAACCCAGUGUUUGAUGAGGUGUUUCUCUUUCCGGUGGCGUACACCGAGCUGUCAAACCGUAAGCUGCACUUCAGUGUCUACGACUUUGACAGGUUCUCUCGCCAUGAUGUAAUUGGCCAAGUGGUGGUGGACAACUUCCUGGAUCUUGCAGACUUUCCAAGGGAGACAAAACUGUGCCGGGACAUACAAUAUGUCACCUCGGACAACGUAGACCUGGGAGAACUGAUGUUCUCAUUGUGCUAUCUCCCCACGGCUGGCAGACUCACCAUCACCAUGAUCAAAGCCAGAAAUCUCAAAGCCAUGGACAUCACUGGAGCUUCAGAUCCAUAUGUUAAAGUGUCCCUGAUGUGCGAAGGCCGGAGGCUAAAGAAGCGAAAGACAUCAACCAAGCGCAACACUCUGAACCCGGUGUACAAUGAGGCCAUCGUGUUUGAUGUUCCUCCUGAGAAUAUCGACCAGAUCAGCCUGCUCAUAGCUGUCAUGGACUAUGAUCGGGUGGGACACAACGAAGUGAUCGGAGUGUGCAGGGUGGGCAAUGAGGCUGAGAGUCUGGGUCGAGACCACUGGAGUGAGAUGUUGUCGUACCCACGCAAACCCAUUGCACACUGGCACCCACUCAUAGAGUGGGUUGGCCAGCCAGCGACGGGGAGCGGAAGCCAAGGAGGAUCCACCAAUUCCCUGAAGACACCACCGUCACCAUGA